AUGUCUUCCGGACCCGCAGACGCAUCGUUGCAGCCGAUACGCCAAACGAUUUCUCGCUUGCAGAGCCCGAUCCCCGACCUCGACACGCUGCUCGCCCUCCUCACCGCGCCGCUCGACGCCCUGCGCCUCCUCCCGCCUCAGUUCCUCGCACACAACACCCAACCGCUUCCCCCAAACGCGUUCUCUAUCUCGCGCCACCUACCUCCCCUACAACGCGCCCUCAUCCUGCAUGUUGUACCGACCUGGCAUGCCGACCUGCGUGACGCCGGCGCGCUCCCGCUUCUCGAUCAAUACUUCUGUCCAGACGCCUUCUCCUCCGCCUCCACCACGGCAGGAGAAGUAGCGCUGCACGCAUAUCCGAGCAUUAUCUCCACCCCUCUCAACGAAUACACCCUACGCGUCCUCUCCAAGCUCUCCAAAGCCUACCCCAUCGAUAGGCUGCACACCGUCAUCUUCAACUCCCCAACCGCCACCGCAGAUGCUCACGGCCGCGCCUCCGCUGCGAAAACAUGGGAAGAUUGCGUCCGCGACGUCUGCGCCGUACCCGCUAAAGCCACCAACGCCGCCGGCCCCGGAUCGCCCCUCGCCCUCCCCGCCGAACUCGCCCAAGACGUGUACUUCAACCACCUAAGCCUCCGCACCGAGUCGCUCGUCGCCGAUUUAUCCGCCAAAAACGAUCGUGACGAGGACGCUCUGGCCUCGCUCGCCUACCUCCUCGCCAAGCUCGUCAACCUCGGCCUCUUUCCGGCCACCCCGCCCAUCGCCCGCUCCUCGCCCUCCUUCUGGACCGCCGUCCUCCCCACCGUCCGUCGCCGCCUCCCCUCUCACCCCCGCUACGCGUCCUACUGGCCCGCCGUCCUCGGCGCGCUCUCCUCCCCCAUCUCCCUCCGCGCCAUCAUCAGCUCGCUUUUGGCGCACCUCCCCCGCCUCUCCGAGGCCGAGGCCGAGGCCCUGGACGCGUCGCCGCCCACAAGGACAAAAAUCCGACGUUCGGCCGUGCUGCUCUACCGCUUGCUCGGCCUCGAUAUCGACGCAGAAGGUUCCGAAGAUGUUUGGACCGCCGCGCGAGAGGUGAUGCUCCUCCCCCGCGGCGGGGCACAGUGGACCGAAGCUGACGCGCGUGUUUUCGUCUGCGCGGCGGCCGAGUCGAAGACCACUGACGCUCUCGAAUCGCUCCUCGCCGCGACGAUCGACCUCUGGUCCACCCCGGAGCACGUCACGCACUCCCUCCUUUCCCGUCAUCGAUACGUCACCUCCCUCGCGCUCCUGGCGCUGACCGCACUGCCCCGCUCUUCGUCCCUCGUCCCGUCCCUCGCCCACUCCCAACCCCUCAUCCAUGCCGUCGGGCUCUACAUCGGUCACCUCGACAAAGGCGUGCGCCGGUGCGGCAUGCUCCUCGCCGAGACCCUCGCUCAGAGGGCGGGCAAGGCGCUCGACUUCGGGGCAGACGUAUGGUCAGGCGACGAAUGGGCCGCGCGCAUGCGUGCGCUGACGAGCGCUCGCGACGUCGACGCGCCUCUAUCCAACGAGGCGGAUGACUCGGACGAAGAGAGCGGGGCGGAGCCCGUCCGAAACAACGCUCCAGCGUCCUCGGCCCACCCGCCCACGAGCCGCAAGAUCACCGUCGCCGCAUCUGGCUACGACUCGGACGACUCGCUCACGGGCUACGCCUCCCCGCCCUCCUCUCGCUCCCCAUCGCCCACGCCGUCCGAGCUCGAGGAGCUCGCACGCGAGCCGACCCUCGCCGUCGGUGCGCCGAAGGUCUCCCGGCCGGUGUACCUCCUCCAACUCGCCGAGCUCGUGCGGCCCACGUCGACGCUCAAGGAGCCCGAGCCACGGGAGGCGGCGGAGAGGAUACGCGUCGCGCUCGACGUCGGCGAGGAGCUCGUGCGGCGCAAGGCCGCGUAUGGGUCCGAGCUCGAGGAGAACGCGGUCAACCUCGUGCACGGGUUCAUAGCGCUGAACGACAACUACGAGACACCUGGGUUCGACGAGAAGCGCCAGGCGGUGCUGACAGCCCUGGUCGCCUGCUGCCCGCGCAAGUCCGCUCCGACGAUCAUCGAGCAGUUCUUCAGCAACCAGUACUCGACCGACCAGCGCUUCGUGAUGCUCGCCGCGCUCGCGCUCGGCGCGCGAGAGCUCGCGGGGCUGCCCGUGCCGGCCUCCGCGCGCCUCGUGCCGAAAGACCCGGACCGCCUCUCUUUCCCGAGCAGAAAGCUCCCGCCCGCGCUGCAUCAGCAGCUCCUCACGGCGGCGGACGAGGUGGCCAGCGCCGACCCGGUGCGACGCCUCGUGCAGGACAUCAGCCGGCAGGCGAUCGACAGGACGCGGGACGAGACCGCCGGGCACGGCGACGACAAGGCGGCCGCGCCGAUCGUGCGCGAGCGGAGGCUGCGCGUGCGUCAGCCCGCGGGGGCGAUGAUACAGGAGGUCCCGGGAACCGGGACGGGGUCGGGGCCGGGCCCGGGGAUGGGGAUGGGAGGCAGUCUGGCGCAGCGCCACGCCGCGCUGCGUCCGCCCGCUCCGCGGCCGCGCACGACGUUCGCCGACGUCGGCGUCGAGUACUUCAUCUACCCGCUCGUCACGCGCUUCUGGACCUUCCUCCGCGACGAGCAGGCGCGCGAGGCGCGCACGGCCCACCUCGGCGCGCAGGGGCGCUACCACGGCGCGGGCACCGGCCUCAUCUUGAACGCGGCCGUGCUCGAGCGGCUGCUCGGCGCGCUCGCGGUGCUGGCGCACGCGGCGCGGCACGCGCCGGCGUGGUUGGCGGUGGUGGCGCCGGACGCGGUGGAGGUGGCGCUUGCGAUGGGCACGCGGCGGGUGAGCCGGUGGGAGGCGGAGGAUAUCGCUCCGGCUGGGGAGGAUGGGGAGGAAGGCGCAGGGAAGGGGAAGGGCGAGGGGAAGGAGGCGGCGGUGGUGACGGCCGCGCUGGAGCUCGCGCUCACGGUGCUGGACGGCUGCGUCGAUCUGGACGGCGGGCGCUCGUUGGGACUGGAACAUACGGCGCUCGUUCUGGGCGUGGGCGAGUGGGCAGGGAAGGUGCUCGAGACGACGGAUCGCGGGCAGCGCAUGCGUGGGGUGGGCGGCGCUUUGGAGAUGAGGUUGGCUAGGGCGGCGGCGGGGGUGGUGCUGAAGACGGACGAGAUUACGAGGAGGUGGGGCCGGUCGAUGGUUGACGUUGUAUAG